GAUUGCUUCUCAUUUUUCUCUCCUUACAGAUGCGAAGCACUCGAGGUGUUUCUGUUUGGCCUGUGGGAUUUGUGGGUGGCCGAACAUAUGAGCGCCCCCUGGUGUCCGGGGGCAAAGUGGUUGGUUGGUACACUGGCUGGAGGCCGGAUAGACCCUUUGCUACUGACAUGGCAGGCUUCUCGGUGAACCUCCAGGUGAUCCUGGCGAACCCGCGGGCGCUCUUCAAGAGGCGGGGCUCCCAGCCGGGGAUGCAGGAGUCCGACUUCCUGAAGCAGAUCACCAAGGUUUCCGAGCUGGAGCCCAAGGCGAACAACUGCACACGGGUUCUGGUUUGGCACACUCGCACAGAGAAACCGCACCUCGCCAACGAGCCCAAGCUCAAAAAAGACACCGUGGACAUCGAGGUGUGACGCCGUCACACUUUCAGCUUUGGAGCGAGCGACAGCGACCUGCUUUCUGCCCAGAACGGGCGGAGACGAUCCGCACAGCGGACAAAAACUCUGAGGGUCUGCAUGAUUCAUGACUCUGCCGUCCAUCCAAAUGCUGCUUUUGCGAGAACUGGACUCGUCUAAAAAGAGCUGCGACAUCCUGGACUUUUCUUUUUUCUUCCAUUCACAUCCUGCUGAUGUAACAACAAAACGUAUAAAUGUGAAACAUUGUGCUGCUGAACUGAGAAGUGCCAUGCGUGUCACUUUGAUUCAUCGUGUUGUCAAACUAACUGUUGGACGGCGAUAUAAAGAGGUCAGAUUGAUAAUAUGUGACUCUGUUGUCUGUUUUCAAAGCACAUAUUAAUAAAACACGCUCAGUUA